AUGCUACCGUACAUCUUCCCUGACCUUGCUGCCUUUCCCACAGUCGCUGACCUCAUUACGCACCUCCGCACUAGUGACACUCGCUACCGCGCUGCGCUUCCUGCUGAGUUCUGCGCCAAGAACCCUCCACCCAUGUACAUCACCCUCUACUACAUAGUCAUCUGGCUCCCUGACUCUCUCCGCGUAGUCAGGGACCACUUCCUCUCAGUUUGCCCCACCACUCUCACCGUUGACCUCCUCGAGAAGGCCCUCCUAGCGAUAGAGAAGAGCAUAGUCGUUGUAGGAGCCUCUCGUGGUGACCCUCGCACCCCCGUCUUUGAGGGGUGUUCUCCCUCCCCCCUCUUGCCCUCUGUUGCCUCUACUGCUGCGGCCGACCUCGUUGGUUUCGAGUCGGUCGGCGCUGCGUCUGCCCCGAGCGGGAAACGCUGCACUGGUAGGGGCAAGGGGGGCAAGGGCACUAGAGGGGCUGGAGGGGGCGGUGGAGGUGGUGGUGGAGGCAGUGGAGGGAGUGGGGGUGGUGGUGGGAGUGGUGCCAGGGGUGGCGGUGGCGGCGGCAGCAGUGGAGGAGGCGGAGGCGGUGGAGGUGGCGGAGGGAGCGGAGGCGGCGGAGGUGGCGAAGGAGGCGGAGGUGGAGGAGGCGGCGGAGGCGGCGGCGACGGCGGCGGCGGUGGUGGAGCGGGUCACGACUCUGCUCAGAGGAGUGGCUCAGGUGGUGGUCCGCGCCAGCAACAGCGGAGUGGUGUGACCCUGUCCCUUCAGCAGCUUCGUGAGUGGUACACUGCGUGUCAGCGCAGUGGGGGUUUUGGUCCUUGCGCUUACGUCCUCCGUACCGGCGACCGCGCUGGUGAGCAGUGUGGAGGCCCGCACUCCACCCAACGCUGCUUUGGUCGCGUGACGGACGCUUGGCGUCGCCAGUUUCCUGAGGCGUCAAAGAUCCCUUGCAGGGGAGAUCUGACUAAGGCCGGGGUUGCUAUCUUUGAUCUUGACUUUGAUGCUAUUCUUGCUGCCAUGUAUGCUGUUGAUACUAGUAUUGCGGAUGACUGUUACCUGUGUGUACCGCCUGACCUCGGCAUUGACGUCGCUGCUCUAGGUGAUGGUGAGGCUGCUGCUCUAGGUGCUAGUGCGUCUGCUGCCCUAGGUGCCAGCGCGUCUGCUGCCCCAGGUGCUGGUGAGUCUGCUCUCUCAGGUACUACGUCGGCUCAGGCCUUCCACACCUUCACCCUGGACUCGGGUGCGUCCCGCUCUUUCUUUCGAGACCGCACCACUCUUACGCCGCUAAGUCGGCCGGUUGCAGUCUCCGUGUCCGACCCCUCUGGGGGUCCUGUCCUUGCUAGCUUCUCCACUGUCCUACCGUGCCCGGCAGCCCCCUUUGGCACUCUGUCUGGUCUCUACCUCCCCUCGUUCUCUACAAACUUGGUAGCUGCGUCGAGUCAGGUGUUUGCUGCGGCGUCCAGGUCUGUUCCUGAGUCUGCUCCCUGCUCGUGUCGUCUACUGUCCCACCAGACUCUCCUUUGGCACCACCGCCUUGGUCACCCCUCCUUGCGUCGUCUCCGAGGCAUGGCAUCCCGUGUCCUUGUCUCUGGUCUCCCUCAGUCUCUCCCUCCCCUUCCUCUGGGACCUGGCCCUACCUGUGUCCCCUGCGUCGAGGGGCGACAGCGCGCCGCCCCUCACUUCUGCGAGUUUCCUCCGACAGAGGCUCCGCUGCAGACUCUCCACAUGGACGUGUGGGGUUCAGCCCGCGUCAGUAGGAAGGGGCGAGAGCGGUACUUCCUGCUGGUGGUUGACGACUACUCGCGUUACAACAUGGUCUUCCCCUUGCGCACCAAGGGUGACGUCACUGAGGUGUUGAUCGACUGGACCCGCGCAGCUCGUCUCCAGCUCAGAGAGAGUUUCGGCUCGGACUUUCCUGUUCUGCCACUGCACUCUGACAAAGGCGGGGAGUUUUCCUCUGCCCGUCUUGGAGCCUUCUGUCGUGCAAAGGGGAUCCGCCAGACCUUCACGCUUCCAGCCUAUCCACAGCAAAAUGGGAUUGCUGAGCGCCGCAUUGGCAUGGUCAUGGACGUCGCUCGUACGUCCAUGAUGCAUGCGGCUGCCCCCCAUUUUCUGUGGCCGUUUGCGGUUCAGUACGCCGCGCAUCACCUCAACCUUCAGCCCUGA